UUUCCCACCUCCACGCUGUGCGUCAGGUGCUGCUGGGUUAUCCCCUCCUGCCCCGUUGUUUUGGGCCUUGCGCAGGCGCACUAAGGAUAUAUCUUCCCCUAGUUAUCUUGCCGUCCCCCCCAAGUUGUCGGAUUUUUGAGGAGUUUGUAGGGGGGUCGUAACCACCGGCAUCAUUAUGGGAAGGAAGUCGAGUAAAGGCAAGGAGAAGAAACAGAAACGACUGGAGGAGCGGGCAGCUAUGGACGCUGUCUUUGCCAAGGUGGAAGCUGCAAACAAACUGGUUGACCCCUUGGAAGCUUUCCCUGUGUUCAAGAAAUAUGACAGGAAUGGGUUAAAUGUCUCCAUCGAAUGUAAACGAGUAUCCAGCUUGGACCCAGCCACACUUGACUGGGCUUUUGAACUAACCAAGACAAAUAUGCAGACACUGUACGAGCAGAGCGAGUGGGGUUGGAAAGACCGGGAGAAACGGGAUGAGUUGACAGAUGACCGAGCAUGGUAUCUCAUUGCUCUGGAAGACGGCUCGGUCCCCGUGGCUUUCUCACACUUCCGCUUCGAUGUAGAUUGUGGAGAGGAGGUUCUCUAUUGCUAUGAAGUGCAGCUGGAAAGCAAAGUGAGAAGGAAAGGUCUGGGCAAAUUUCUCAUACAGAUACUGCAGCUCGUGGCAAACAGCACACAAAUGAAGAAAGUCAUGUUAACAGUAUUUAAACACAAUCAUGGGGCGUAUCAGUUCUUCAGAGAAGCUUUACAGUUUGAAAUGGAUGAUAGCUCACCCAGCAUGUCUGGAUGCUGCGGAGAUGACUGCUCCUAUGAAAUCCUCAGCCGAAGAACAAAAUUGGGAGAGAGCCAACACACUCACUCGGGCAGUCACUGUGGAGGCUGUUGCCAUUGAGAUUCUCCUCUGUUCACCGUCUCCCAAAGAACCCAGUUCUCAAGAUAAACUUGCCUUUCUCUUUGGUUCCCCCCCACACACACACACCUGAUCCUGCCACUCGCAUCUUUUGCUCCCCACCCCCCCUGAGCCAUAACAAAGGACUCUUGCAUUCUGAAUCCCAGGAUGAAAAGAUCUUCCUCCGUUCUGGAGGGUCUGGAAACUAAACUCAUGCCUAACUCUCAGGCCUAGCCCCCGAUCUUGUGUGUGGUCUGGACCUGGAAGUUCAUAUUUCUGCAGUGAAGAAAUAGUUACCACUUAAACGAGUAAGCAUUGGGGACGAUUCAGUCUCCAAGCUUAAAGGGGUUGAGGAAGAAUGGACUUUUCGUGAGUUCUGCAAAUCCAUUUCUGCAGUAGAAGGGCCAAAUAUGUGAACUUCCUUCACUUUGCGUUGACCGUGCACCUCUCUUCCUUGACCAUAGUGAAGUGUGGCUGCUGUUUUCUGUAGGCCUGUAAUAUGUAGUAAAUUGACUGUGGCUGUUUUUAGGAGAACAUCAGGGGUAACUGUAUCUAUUUUUCGCUCUGUUGAUUUGACACCAGUUCUAGAAAAAGGGUGCUUUGUAGAGGUCUAGAGACAGAUCUUAUUUACUGCUCUGCAUCCAGAAAUCUGUUCAUCUAGCCAUUUCCCUAGGUACAUUGGAAAAGUAUCGAGCCAUGUGGAUCUCUCAGACAACUUCCCUUUCGUCCUUAAAUCUUGAUUCAUAGUUUGAUUCACCUCGAGAAGGUCCUCUAUCACCAAGGUGCAUAGACAGCUCUGCAUAUAACCAAUCCAGAGCAAAAAGGGUAGGGAUACGUCAGAGUUUGACUUCGUGGUGUCUGGAAGCCCUGCUCGAAGGACUGCUAUGAAACCAUAUGUGGUGAACAGCUUGCUUUGGUUAAGAUUCUUGCGUUCACUUUAAAGGGGGAACAGCAUUUAUGAAUUGCGUAUCUUGAGGAGCGAAACGGUUUGUUUUAAAGUCUCCCCCAAAGUCUCCGAUGAACCCGUGCCUCGCUUAAUGCUAUUUCAUGGCCUCAUCCCUAGGCAAGGCAGUCCCUGCCCUUGGUUAAUCCCUUGAGCUGCCGCUCUUCAUUCCCUGUGUAGGAACUUUGCUCCUCUUGCUAACGGGGUUCCUUUAAGAUCCGCCCCUGGGACAAGUCCUUCGUCUUCUGAGCGUCCCUGAUGGGAUGAACAUGGCUUCCUAACAGAAGCACGUUCUGUUGGCUGACUGCCAAGUAACUGCCGCUGGCAUUCUUUUCUCAGCCCAAUAGUUUGCGGGGGGGGGGUUGUGUGUGUGUGUUGUAACAUGCCCCCCCCCCACACACACAAACACAAGCUGUCCAGGUUGCAUUUUUGGAUAGCAGCCCCGUAUGUAACACUGAAGCUGCAACCUCAGGGCUCCACUUCCACCUCAGGGUGCGUUUCAUUGCCUUUGCCGUUCGUGCUGAAGGAAGCGGGGAAUGGAUUCUCCUACCCUGAUCUCUUUGCAACAUUUUUCUGGGUGGCCUUAAAAAUGUUAGCCUACACACCCACCCAAUGGUGCACUUUUUUUUUUUUUAAACCUGUGUUUUAUUUCGUAUGUUUGAAUCAUGCCCUUGUGGGUGAGUUGCAUCUUGAGAAGUGGAAGGAAGGUGACUAUAGUUUUCUUCCUGCAAUUGGGAUCCCGCAAUUUCAGACCUGUAAUGGACGUCUAGGCUAGGGAGUAGUCUGUUGUUUUUUAUGGAUGGCUUUUAGCAGGGGCAGCGAUACCAGGAAUGGCCAGCUUUUGUGAACCCUAGAAAAAUGAAGAUAGUGGCAGGUUCUGACCUGCUUGCAGGCCAGAUAUUUUCUCUCCCCGCCCUCCAUUUACAGAAUAAAGUUUACCUCCAGAAGUUUGUUGAGAAGUAGGGUGCCUGAAUAAUGGGGAACAGGGCCAGGGAGAACUUCACACCAUUCCUUACCUUCCAAGUUCCUCUCAGGAAAGGAGAACCUGGCUUGCUUUCAGCUGUCAGCGUUGGCCUCUGAGCCAAGGCUUUGGGACUGAUGCUGGCUUGCUGAAAGCCAGGCACGUGAGAUUCGUAGGUUGCUUUCGGUCCGGAGGGCAUCCGUUUCCUUGAGAGAGAGAGAAUGCUGCCCCAGAGGACUCCAAAUUAACAUUGAGGCCUCUGGGGCAGCCCUUUGUGUCUUAAGGGAAGAAGUUCAGCAUGGCUCUACUAGCCCCUGAUCCAGAUUGCAAAGGCAAGGCCUUGUACCGUGUCUUUUCUUUUGGGGAAACGGGGCACUAUCCAGCACAGUGGAAAAGGCUUUUACCUUACCCACAUCGGUGCACGUGUCUUGAGUGCGCUCACUUCUUCAAGUAUGGUCACAGAUUCAAGGUUCAACCCCCCCCCCAAUUCUUUCAGCGGGGGGGCGUGGGUGUCUUGGGUGUUCUGUUGGCAUGUGCAGGAGCACCCCUGCUUUUGCCCAAGUUAGGGCAGUAAGAAAUCUGCAGCUGAGCCCUGCCUCUCACCGUUAGUUCAGUCUGCACCAACCUGAGCUGGCUCAGACAGAGCUGAAGGGGAGUCAUUUGCUUGUGGUGGGGGCUGCUUUCAAAGGCGAUGUGUUUCCUAGAACCAGAGCCCUCUGUCAAUCCAGACCUCGCUUAGCAACCCAAAAAAGAUUGUAAAAAUUGUGGAGCCGGAGCCCUCUGUCAAUCUAGACCCCCGAAAAUGAAUCCUUUCCUAGCUAUUAAGUUCCCAUUCGUUUUCUCUGCCAUUCCUACGGGACCCUCUGGUUUGCCUGAAGCCAGUAUGAACUGCCUGCCUUUAUUAGGUUAUUUCAAUGCUUAAACAGGGUUUUUUUUAAAGGGGGAAGGCUUCUAAAACCAUUUUAAAAACACACACUUAAAAUAAUUAUUCUUUCUUGAUUUUGCUUGUUUGAAAUACUGAGGACAGUUUUCAAAGCUUCCGAACCUGACAUUUUUUGGCUAAAUGAGGAGCUUGCUAAAUAGGUUGUCCCUUGUCCCAUAAUAUCCUGAUUUAGCAGUUAUAUCAAUCUUUGGGCUUCCGGUCCACCUCAGUCCCCACCAAUAAACAUCAAGAGAAGACUGACGGAUAAGAUUAAGUUGUAUUUCUAUAAUUUCUCUGUUCACCCCUUCCCCCAACAAAAUUGGGCAUGUUUAGUACUUUUUUAUUUUUAAGUUGUAAUAAUUCUAUAUUGUAUACUUUUUGUGUGUCUGGUAUAUUUUUCAUUCUUCCUCCACUUCUCUCUUCAGUUUUUAGAAGAAAUUUGAAGAUAAUUUCUUAGCAAAUAUUUUCACAGGAAUCAAAGGGAAAAAGUGGACUGUCUUUUUUAUUUGUAUGUUAAUAAACAUUUUGUUCGGUCUUUA